UAAGGAAAAAAAAUGGGAUUUCUUCCAUGUCCUUUGCCUUGUCAAACAAAGAAAAAAUCAUCAGAUAAUUCUGAUCAAACUCAAUCUAGAUAUCUUUCCUCAGAUUCUUCAUCAUCAUUAUCAUUAUCAUCAAGGUCAGUUUCUUCCCUUUGCUCAUAUCCAAGUUUACCAUCACUUCCUUCUUUUUCUAUAUCAUCUUCAAACAAUUUCCACCAUUGCUUAGCAACUCUAACAGGCCAUUCUUCCUACAUAUUCUGCGUCUGCCUAUCUCUUGCCGGAAAACACCUUUAUAGCGGCUCUUCCAACGGCGAAAUCCUUGUAUGGGACAGUUAUUCGAAAGAAAAGAUAGUAUGCCAAAGUGGAAGUGCAGUAAAAUCCAUAGUCAUCAUGGGAGAUAAGCUCUUUAGUGCUCACCAAGAUCAUAGAAUCCGAGUAUGGAAAAUUGAUAAUGAUAUGCCUAAUAGAUAUUACAAGUGUAUUGCAACCUUACCAACACUUAACGAUCGUUGUAUGAAGCUAUUUUGGACAAGGAACUAUGUACAAGUUCGCAGACACAAGAAAUGCACAUGGGUUCAUCAUGUCGACACAGUGUCAGCUCUAGCCUUAUCCAAAGAUGGCUCUUUACUCUACUCUGCUUCAUGGGACAGGACUUUUAAGGUUUGGAGAACUUCAGAUUUCAAAUGCUUAGAAUCAGUAUGGAAUGCACAUGAUGAUGCCAUCAACUCCAUAGUCGUAUCCAAUAAUGGACAUGUUUACACUGGAUCAGCAGACAAGAAAAUCAAAAUAUGGAAGAAACAAGAAAGGGAAAACAAACACACCCUUAUGUUCACUUUAGAAAAACACAAAUCAGCAGUAAAUGCUUUGGCUCUUACUGAAAAUGGCUAUGUUUUAUAUUCUGGUGCAUGCGAUAGGUCCAUAAUUGUGUGGGAAAAAGAUAGUGGAAGUAUUAGUAUGGUGGUGUCAGGGGCAUUAAGAGGACAUAAAAAAUCAAUUUUGUGUUUAGCUGUGGUGUCAGAUUUGGUAUGUAGUGGAUCAGCUGAUAAAACUGUGAGAAUAUGGAAGAGAGGAUUUGGAAAAAGUUAUUCUUGUUUAGCAGUGUUUGAAGGGCAUAAUGGUCCAGUUAAGUGUUUGAAUGCAGCUUUAGAUAGGGAAAAGGAUGAUGAUGAUUCUUGUUCUGGAAAUUCUUACUUGGUUUAUAGUGGUAGCUUGGAUUGUGAUGUUAAGGUUUGGAAACUUUGGGUUCCUAAUUACCUCUAGAAAAUUCAUCUCUUGAUAUGUACCGAUAUUGUAAAUAUAAAAAGAGAACAACAACAAUAUACCCAGUAUAAUCACUGGAGUCUGGGGAAGGCCUGGGAUGUAUGCGGGGUAGAGAAGUUGUUUUCCAUAAAAUAUAAAAAGAGAACAUUUCACUUAA